CUGUUAUUGGCCAGAAAAGCACGUCGAGGUCUUGUAAACUGGAUGGUUCAUAAAGUAAUUUAUCGUCUUUUAUUAUGGGAUGCGACAGAAGAUGUACAUUUAUGUUAUGGAAUAUUUAUAUAGGAUUUUGUAGGUUUUUUGGACUGAUUACAGCACUAGGUCUGUGGGGUAUAGGAGUGGAGGCAGCUUACUAUGGGCAUUAUCUAGGAUUUUAUAUGAUAGUUGUAGCUAUCCUAUUGACUUUCUUGGAAUCUGUGUUUGCCAUCAACAUGUGUGUCCUAGUCUGUGUGGGGAACGACGACUCGACCUCCCUGUGUCAGAGGCUGUGGGAUGCGGUGCUGUGGAUAGACAACUGGAAGAAGGGCAUCCUGUACUUCUGCUUUUCUAUACCUUGUUUUAUUCAGCCUCAUACUGUUUGGAUGGGCAUCAUAUCAGGAGUUAUGCUUAUAUUCAGUAGUUUAUUUUAUGGACUGAAGUCAUGUUACAAUGAAGAACAGUCAUUAGAAAAAGUAUCCCACAAUGCAACAUAUGACAGAUUUGACGACAUACAAGACGAUAUAGAGGACAGUAUACUAAACCCCACAGAGGGGGGACCAGGGGUCCUGUCCCUAGCGGACCAGCAGGAGAUCCUAGAAGUCUGACCCCGCCCACCUCCAUCGUCUGUAGUGCUCUCAGUGUGGCGUCCUAGUGCUCAUUGUCAUUGUGGUGCCACUAGCCCAAACAUGACUGGGCGUCCCUGCCUAUCCAUUCCCUCGCCACCUCAGCUUCAUUUUCUCCUUUUUUUAUAGAAGUGUAGGGCAACCUAGGCAUGAUUAGGAUAUUAAAUGUAUAGAAAACAAAUUAUUUUAAGGUGGUAUGGGACAACUUGAGAUAUAAAUGUGGAUGAAAGUAAAUCAUUAGCAAAUAAAUUACCAUUUUAAAAGUUUAAAAUUGUACAUUAUAUGACCAUAAAAUGCAUUGAAUUUUUUUUAAAGAGAUUAAAAUCCCCAAGAAGUUUCAAACUCAGAAGUAGUUGACUCUUAACCUAUUGUGUAACUCAUUAGAAAUAAAAUUGUCAGAAAAAAUGUAUAAAAUUACAGUACUGUUAAUUUCAUCAUUUAUAAUAAAGAAAAUACUACACAAUAUAGAUGCGUCCCAUACCUCCUUAAGAUUGGAAGAUGGUAUCCAUUCUUCCUGUAAUUUGAAAAUUCAUUAAUGUGUGUAUGUUGUGUAUAUUGAGUUAUGAUAUGGAGUAAAGUAGGGUAAAGUAUCCAAUCUCUCAUUAUUCAGGGGAAUUCAGUAAUUACAUUAUACAUAAAUACAUUGAAAAUGUGCCAGAAACCUGUUUGGGGUGUUUAGUAUUUUUGGUGUUUUUUUGUACUUUUAGCUGUGUGUGAAGUUGAUUAUUUGUGGUGAAAUUGCUUUUUCAAACAGUAUGUGAUAGUAAUUUCAUAACUAUUAAGAUAGAAAGCUGAUACAGAAGGCAUAUAUAGUGUUCUUGUCACGAAAGAGGAGGUGUUAUAUGUACUCAAAAUUGGCUAAAGAUGACUUUAAAAUCAGUUAAUUCUUUAACAAUAAUUAUAACUUUAAUUUAUAGGUGGUACCAAGCAAUUUUUUCCUUACAUAACAGUAAUUGAUGCUCAAUGAUAUAUAAAAGGUGGUUAAAUUUUGAAUAGAUGACGAUGCUUGAAUUUGAGAAAAUCAUAAUACUGGUAUAGAUGGUACAGUAAAACUCUGUUAUAGCGAAGUCCUAGGGACCAAUGGAUUUACUUCCUUAUAUCUGUAUAACGAAUUCGUAAUAAUAACUAUUGCGAUUUUACUAUAUACAUGUUUUCUUUCACCAGACUUUAAGUUUUGCUAAUUGAGGCUUAGAAUAAAAAUAUGUUUCUUUCAUACCGUUAAUGAUCGGAUUGUGAGUUGAAAAAUUUAUAUGAAAAUAAAUUAAUUCAAACUAAAUGGUAGUGCAAACUUUUUUUAAACUGUAACGGAUUUCGUUAUAAAAGUGUUAAAUUCGUUAUUAUUCACUCUGCAGGACUCAAAAUCAGUUCGCUAUAUCUGUAAAUUCGUUGUAUUUGAAUUCAUUAUAACCGUAAAAUUUUGCAAAGAUUUGUUAAAAAUUUUGCAGGUGACUCAAAAAAACUUUGCUAUAUAUCUGAGAAUUUGCUAUAUCCGUGUUCGUAAUAAAUUAGUUUUACUGUACCACCAAGUGACCAGACUUAAAUUGUUCUCUUUACCUUAAAAUUAAUAAUAGAUCUGAACAUAAUUUUUUUUUUAUCUCUCUGACAUAUUUACGUUAUUGUAAUAUUUAUUGAUUUAUUUUAUUUUAAUAUUCUUUUUUUGUAUAAGUGUAUUGACAUGCAUGUAUAUAACAUUUCUUUAUGUAGAAGGUCAGAAUCUCGCUUUAUACACCGGUUUUACAUUUUUAAAAUACUUUUUUGUUCAAGAAGAACGAUAUUUUUGACAGUUUCUUAUAUACUCCAGACAUUUUGGUUCAAGUGUUGUAUACAUCAUCUUGAUGACCUCUUUUUAGAUUUUUGCAUAAUGCUGGUUAAACACUGCAUAAUGUUUAUAUAUUAAAUUACUGUUUCUCUUUGCAUUAGAUGUAACUCUUUUUUUGAAGUAGUGAAAUAAUCUAUAUACAUGUAUUAGGCUGUCCCAAGUGAAUUCCAUGUUUUACAUUACCUUAGUGUAUAAGUUAAGUAGAAAUUGUCAAAUGAAAAAACACCACAAACCUCACCCCUAUUUUCAGUACUUUAAACCAAUUUUAUUCGCGGCGACUUUAUUUCGCGAUUAACUUCUGAUAAACUGGUUAGCGAUGACUAAUGUUCGUGACCAAGCCUUGUACAGACCCAAGGACUGGUUUGUGGCCAGUAAUAUUUGUGAUGACGACGAGGCUGUCGCGAACCUCGCAAAAAUGUCAGUAUUUAUAUUCUUUCUGAGUUUGAUAUCAGGUUUUACAAUUAAAAAAAGAUUUCUUAAUCUCUAGAAUUACAAAUUAUUAAGUGGAUAUACUAAUAAAUCAAAAACUUAAUUGGAUUGUCUUUAUGAUCAAUAGAACACAUGGAACUUAAAAUCUCACAGUAUUUGUAUUCACCAAUAAUUAAUACAAAUCAACUGUUUACCAAAUUUGUUUAAAUUUUAUUGCCUUUCUUCACAUGUUUUUAAUUUGAAGCGAUUUUAAAUGUGGAAUUAACUUUGGACAGUCUUUCUAUGUUUAAAAAAGUGGGGAUAAUCAAGUUAUAGAAUGAUCCUGAUUCAUGCGUUAUCAGGUAUGUGAUUUCAUGAGUAUAAACAUCAGUCCUAAAUUAUUCUAUACACUGCGUGUGCAUAGGAAAAUUAAGAUAUGAUAUUGUUCCAAUAAGGUGACUUAUAUUAUUUAUGAACAAGAAAUAUGUGACAUAUCAUUUGAUGUACCUAUUGAGUUGUUACAGUAAUAUUUUCAUUGUACUGUGAGGAUAUACCAAUACAUGUACCAGUUAUUGAGUACCCAUGGUGUCGGAGAUAGUGAAGUGAAAUGGAGAAGAUAUUUAUCAGUGGAAUUGAGAACUUGCGGUAUAUAUGAGUGCUAUCAAUUUUAUGAUCAUGUUUAGUCAUUACUGAGUAUUAAUUUAGUAGAAAUGUCUGUGCUUGUGUGAUUGUUCAUGAUUGCUGUUGUUGAUUUCAUGUUGUUAUGAAUGAUGUCAUUUUUUUGUACAUUCCUAUUAGCAUUCAUAAUUCUCUAAGAUGUUACCAAUUAUCUUCCUUGAUCAGCUUGAAUCGUUGUUUGAAUCUGUUAGUUUUAACAGAGAACUACAGCAGUGGAUGUAAACUUCUAAUGAUUCGAUUGCCUUAUUUCACUAGGAUGUUGUAAUGUAGCUGCAUUUUUCACUCACUAUAAUGCUGUAUCACAGGGGCCAAGCCCGUUUUAACAUUUAUUUCAAUGUAACCAUAAAUAAAUCUUUAUUUAUGUUACAUUGAAAUAAAUGUUAAAACGGGCUUAGCCCCUGUGUGCUGUAUCUACGAUAUAUUUUGUAUAUAUGAUUCAUAAGAGAUUUUCUCUGAGGUAAAAAUUCUAUUUUUGAUUUUUUUAUAGAAUAUUUUAGUACUACUGGUACUAAUGGGUUAUAUUAAACUCUUAAAACAAUUAAAACAACUAAAACAAUUAAAACAAUUUUCUUCAGAAUCAAAGAUUGGUGAGAGUUAGGUAAUUUCCUUGUCUCGUUUAGAUUCAUCACUGUAUAUUUUGUGACACUUUACUUAAUUUCAAUGAUAAGACAGUGAUUUUAAUUCAUGUGUAUUAAAUAAUUGUUAAGACAUUUGCAAAAUAAUAUGAGAACAUUUGCUGUCUGUUGAAAAAUGCACAAUAAAAAGGAAAAGAGUGUG